CUGUCUCUCAUGAGAAAAAAAAAACUAAAUCUCUUUCUAUUGUGUAAAAUCAAAUGAGUAACUUAAAACUUGGUGUUGAGGUCAUAAGCGCAAGGCUCGGAGAUGGUGUUAACUCCUUUGUGGAGCUACGAUUCGACGAUCAGAAAGUCAAAACCACGACAAAGCUCGACGACUCGAGUCCUGUUUGGAACGAGAGGUUCUCCUUCAACAUCUCCGACACAGAGGAUCUAUCGAACCUGGUUCUUGAGGCUUACGUUUACAACAAAACCAGCAACGUAACGACAUCUUGUCUUGGUAAGAUACGAAUCCUUGGAACUGCGUUUGUGCCCUACUCUGAAGCUGUCGGGCUGCAUUACCCUCUUGAGAAAGAGAAAUGGAGCGUCUUCUCUUUCGGAUCCACCGUUAGAGGCGAGCUCACUCUCAAGGUGUUUAUAACUGAUAACCCCUCGGUCAAGAUACCGACUCCAAACCCUAGAAAGAAGCUUGCUUCUAACACAAGUCACAGUUUGCACAACAUCCCCGCGUCAGAGAAGACUAAACCUAGGCUCCGAAAAACUCAGGAACCGCCUCAACCGCAAACACUAUCUCCUCAACCGCCUCAACCGCAAACGCUAUUUUCUCAACCGCAAACACUAUCUCGUCAACAGCAAAUGCUAUCUCCUCAACCGCCUCAACUGCAAACACUAUCUCCUCAACAGCAAAUGCUAUCUCCUCAACCGCUUCAACCGCAUACGCUAUCUACUCAACAGCAAAUGCUAUCUCCUCAACCGUCUAAACCGCAAACGCUAUCUCCUCAACCGCAAACGCUUUUUCCUCAACAGCCACCGGUUAUGGAAGCUGCUCCAUUUCAACCGGUCAAAUAUGGUUCACCGGUUCUUGGAGGAGGCGUACGAGCACGAACUACCAUCACCGCUCAUGAUCUUGUCGAGCCAAUGGAGUAUCUCUUCGUCAAGAUCGUGAAAGCACGUAAUCUUCCGACAAUGGAUCCAACCGGAAGUCUAGAUCCUUACGUUGAAGUCAAACUAGGAAAUUUCACGGCGACAACCACACAAUUCGAGAAGAACAAGAACCCGGUUUGGAACGAAGUCUUUGCUUUCACCAAAUCAGACCAACAAGCAAACUUUGUCGAUGUCAUCGUCAUGGACAAAGCCGUCAUGAAAGACAAAUUCGUCGGUUCCAUCCGGUUCGAUCUCAACGAGAUCCCGACACGUGUUGCAACAGACAGUCCUAUAGCUCCACAAUGGUACAUAGUCAACCACGAGAGAGGAGGCGAGGUUAUGUUAUCUGUUUGGUUCGGUACACAAGCCGACGAAGCAUUCUCAGACGCGACGUACUCGGACGCUUUAAACGCUGUAAACAAAUCAAGUGUGUAUUCUAAAGUCUAUCAUUCUCCAAGGCUAUGGUACCUUCGCGUUAACGUUAUUGAGGCACAAGAUUUGGUUAUCAAACCAGACCGGACUCGGUUUCCACCAAAUCCGUACGUGAAUAUCAAGUUAGGUAGCCAGAUGGUUCGUACCAAACCGGGUCAAUCGCUUAACCCGAAGUGGAACGAAGAGUUUACAUUUGUGGCGGCUGAACCGUUUGAAGAUCUUGAAAUCUCAAUCCAAGACCGAGAGGAAACGCUGGGAACGGCUAAGAUACGGUUUGAUGAAAUAGAAACACGGGUUGAUGAUAACCGGAUAGUACCAAACCGUUGGUUUAGUCUUGCGUUGGAGAGACAGACGAGAGUUAGAUUUGCAACGACUAGGAUUCUUCUGAAUGUUUGUUUAGAAGGAGGCUAUCACGUUCUUAAUGAGUCUACUUACAACAGCAGCGACUUUAGACCGUCGAUGAAGGAGGUACGGAACCGACAUGAGCAGUCGGUUGGUGUUCUUGAGUUAGGGAUCUUAGGAGCUGAAGGUUUGAGUCUGAGCCGAGACGGGAAGAAAGAGACGGUCGAUGCUUAUUGUGUUGCCAAGUAUGGUACCAAAUGGGUCAGGACACGGACCGUUAUGAACUCUUUAAACCCGCGGUUCAACGAGCAGUACACAUGGGAGGUUUACGAGCCAGCAACUGUGAUAACAAUUGGUGUCUUUGAUAACAAUGGGACCAAUGGUGGUAACAUCAAAGAUGGGAAGAUAGGGAAAGUUAGAGUUAGAAUCUCGACUCUCGAAUCAGGAAGACUCUACACUAACUCGCACCCGCUUCUCGUACUUCGACCUUCUGGGGUCAAGAACAUGGGUGAACUGCAUUUGGCGAUUCGGUUUACAUGUACUUCUAUGUUUCAGAUGCUUCUCCAUUACUGGAAACCACUUCUUCCCAAAAUGCAUUACGUAAGACCGUUGAAAGUCGUGCAGCAGGAGAUUCUCAGGGAGCACGCGGUUAACCUAGUGGCGGCUCGGCUAAGCAGAGCCGAGCCACCACUUAGGAAAGAAGUGAUAGAGUACAUAACCGAUUCGAACUCUCAUUUCUGGAGCAUUCGGAAAAGCAGAGCAAAUCUCUACCGGUUGAGAUCAGUUUUCUCCGGUUUACUCGGUACCGGAGAAUGGUUUCAAGAUAUCUGCACAUGGAAGAAACCGGUAGCGUCUACAGCGGUUCAUGUACUCUACUUAGCGUUUGUGUGUUUGCCAGAGAUGAUUCUUCCGAUAAUAUCUCUUUGGUUAUUCAUGCUCGGUGUAUGGAACUACAGACUGCGUCCGAGACAACCUCAACACAUGGACACAAGCCUCUCAUUUGCAGACAAUGUUCACCCGGAAGAGCUUACCGAAGAGUUCGACACGUUUCCAUUCUCUUCUCAAGAUCCGGGGGUUGUUAAAAUGCGGUACGAGCGGUUGAGGAGUAUAGCUGGUAGAGCUCAGACGCUCGUGGGAGAUAUAGCUGGUCAAGGAGAGAGAGUUCAAGCUCUGUUAAGCUGGAGAGAUCCAAGAGCAACGUCCAUCUUCAUGGUGGUAUGUUUGGUUUCUUCUGUGGUUUUGUAUGUUGUCCCCUUUAAGGUUUUUGUUCUUCUCGCUGGGUUAUACAUCAUGAGACAUCCAAGACUCAGGCGAAAGACGCCUCCUGGUUUAGUUAACUUCUUUAAAAGACUUCCUGCUAAAACAGACUGUAUGUUGUAGAAUGCAAUAAACAUAUAAUAUGAAACCAAACACACAUGAGUUCUGAAAAAUCA